ACCAACAACAAAACAAACAACAAUAAGCAAUACAUGAUCCUCCUAGCAGCCACCUACCUCUGCCUCUUCGUCGGCUCCGUCUCCUCCAGCCUCCUCUCCCGCUUCUUCUUCAUCCACAAGGGCUCCAGCCGGUGGGUCUCGACGUGGGUCCAAUCCGCCGGCUUCCCUCUCCUCCUCCUCCCUAUAUACCUCCCUCACCAUCUCCUCAAAUGCACUCCAAGAAAACCCUUCUCUCACUUCACUCCAAAGCUCUUCGUCAUUUCCGUCCUUGUAGGCUUCCUCAUAGGCCUCAACAACCUCCUCUUCUCUUGGGGCACUUCUUAUUUACCGGUAUCGACCUCAUCCCUCCUAUUAUCCACUCAGCUCGCUUUCACGCUGAUUCUAUCUGUCGUCAUUGCUAAAGAAAAAGUCACUUUCACGAACUUAAAUUGUGCUAUGCUCCUAACCCUGAGUUCGGUCUUAAUAGCCUUGGGGUCUGCGCACGACAGACCCCAAGGCUUGACCACUAAAAAGUACUUCAUAGGUUUUUUCUGUACUAUCAGCGCCGGUGUUCUCUUCGCUCUCUAUCUCCCUGUCAUGGACAGGAUUUAUAAAAAAGUUUAUUGCUACUCAAUGAUGAUGGAAAUGCAGCUGAUCAUGGAGGUGGCGGCCACCGUGUUGGCUACCGCUGGAAUGGCCGCGGACGGCGGAUUUUCUGAGAUGAGGGUGGAGAGUGAGAAGGUGUUUGACCUGGGCCCCAACGGGUACUGGGUGACGGUGGGGUCCAGCAUGGUGACGUGGCAGCUUUGUUUCGUGGGCACGGCUGGGAUGGUGUUCCUGACGACGUCGUUUACGGGAGGGGUCUGCAUGACGGCGUUGAUGGCGAUGAAUGUGGUUGGGGGUGUGAUUGCGUACGGGGAGGAGUUUGGUGGGGUGAAGGUGGUGGCCACUCUCAUGUCUCUGUGGGGGUUUUGUUCCUAUGUGUAUGGCAUCUAUGUUAAGAUGAAGGAGGAGGUUGGGAAAGACAAGAUCAACGGCCAGGAUCGUUCGGUGGAAAUGGGUCAAUCUGUAAUGGACGUUGUAUGAUGAUGUUGAUCUUGCAUGUAGCGUGUGUACUAGUGUUUUUUGCAAACAAAAAAAAAAAAAGGUGUUUUGUUUAGUUCUGUUAUGUUAUAUGUUCGUGAAAAAGUUCUGUAUAAUACAUAUAAAAAAAGAAAAAAUAAAUAAAUUUUGAACCACAUAUAAGACUUCAUUUGAUGUAUUUAUUUGAAAUUUUUUGAAAUUCAUUGACCAAAGAAGUCUAAUAAUUUUACUUUAAUUAAUGAGGGAACUUAA